AUGGAGUGGGUUGCAGUAAAUGAUAUGCUAUCUGAAAAUAUUACGAAGCUUAACUACACUCUUAUUCCACCCGGUUUUCGCGGAGACGUACGAAGUGUGAGAUUAAUGCAAGAUAGCCUCUCAAAGCUUAUCGAUGCUCUUGGAGAACAAUCUGCAACUGCACAAGGCCUAAAUAAAGUUAUCACAACAGCGGAGAAGCUUCGUAAUGCACCCACCCACAUUCUGUACCUUUUGAAAGAUUCCAAGGCUAAAGGUGGUAAGGGUGACGUAAUAGGCUUGCUGAAGAUUGGUCGGAAACAUUUGUUCUUGUUCGAUGAACACGACAAGGUGUGCGAAGUGGAACCGCUGUGCGUACUUGAUUUCUUCGUGCUACGUGAUCGACAGCGUCAUGGGUACGGCAAGGUGCUCUUCGAUCAUAUGCUGCAGGAUAUGGAAAUGGCAGCACAUGAGCUGGCAAUCGAUGGACCGUCACCAAAAAUGGAACAGUUUCUGCACAAGAAUUACGGCAUUGAGCGGCUCUUGAGGCAGAACAACAACUUUGCUGUGGCCCCUCAAUUCUUCGCUGGUGCUGCUGAAAUUAACAGUAAAUCCGGACGAAGCACUCCAGCGGUGACGCCAGCACUGGGACGUUUUGCAGCGCCUAAACCGCCCUCCGCUAUUGCAACGGUAAUCCACGGAGGUGGCUCAUACUACGAUCACGAAACACGCAAUGGUUAUAGCCGCUGCAGAGCAAUGAACUCUCACUGA